AUGCACCCCGCUGCAAAAAUCCCACAGGGUAGAAGCAAGGGGCAGAAAAGGUCCAUGCCUAACUCUCCCCCGGAAUCACCAACACUUCAGCCUGUUCCUGCACCACCUACUUGGGAAGACUGUCCUGAUAAUACUUAUGAGCAAGACCAAGGCUCAUUCGAGCCUUUGCAGCUUCCAAAACAAUGGCAAGUGAAUAGCCAGAAUGACUACCUGAGGCAAUGGCUCCCAAGGCAGGAAUCAUAUCUGCAUCACCUCCUGGAUCAAGAAGCUCCUCCAGAAGAUAGGAGAUGUGUCGUCUGUGACCAGGAUGGGGUCUACAAAUGUCAAGAUUGUCUUGGGGAGCCACUCUAUUGCACGGGAUGUUGCAGGAGUCAACAUUGUCGCAAUCCUUUCCACUGGAUCAGUCAAUGGAAUGGUCAGUUCUUUGAGCAAAGUUGUCUCGCUCAUGUCGGACUCGUCAUACACCUUGGUCAUGAUGGCAAAGAAUGUCCUGCACUCACAAAUAGGUGGGAUUUGUUCGAAGGAGACAGACCUGAGGACCAGCUUGAGCCUGAAGAUCUACCAUCCAUGUCGGGACCAGAGUUCUGGCCUAAGGAAAACACCAUGGUCAUCGUCAACAAGUCCGGAGUUCAUCGCCUCGAGGUUCGAUGCUGCAAUUGUCCAAACACCAUGAGUCCGGACAUUCAAAUGUUUCGACAUGGAUUUUUUCCUGCAUCAUUCAACAAACCGAAGACUGUGUUCACCUUCAGAGUGCUUGACAAUUUUCUAUUGGACAACCUAGAAUGUGGCACCUCCACAAUGAACUAUUACAGCAAGCUCCGGCGAAUGACCUCCAGCAUGUUUCCUCACCUUGUUCUGCCUGGGAUCAACAUAUCCUUGUCAGGGAAUGAAACACUUGAUGACUGGAAAUAUACCUGGUCAUUUGUGAUGGACGGUAAUUUCAAAGCUGAACACUUGCAUCCCAUCAAGCCAUUUGAUGAAGUAUGGCUUGCAGAUGGGCUGGGGUUCAUGGUGGGAAAUGACAGCUGCAACAAUCACCGGGCGGUAAAUCAAGCAAAUGCGGCUCGGCACAAGCUGGAGUCGAUGGGUAUCGGGGGAGUUGCUUGUGCCCACCACGGCUGCUUUGUCCCUCAUGCGAUGGUCGAUUUUCAGAAAGGCAUUGGCUGGAUGGAUGGAGAGAUCAUGGAGACUCUCUGGGCACAUCUCAACCUAAUUUCCCCCACUGCUCGGGGAAUGUCGUCCCCUCAUCGACAGGAAUGUCUCGAUUUUCAGAUGAAUGAUUCCAACUUCUGCAAGAUGAUCUGCAUAAAAAGGACCCUUUGCUGUAAAUACAAGCAGGCAAAAAAUUGCAUUGCUGAAAGUGAAAAGGCUUUCGACAGACUCGAUGAAGCAGCACCCGCUAAUUUGAAGACAGAAUGGUUGGCCAAGGAGAGGAUCGCUCAAUCCAGCAGAAUAAAUGAUCCUGCGGCGAUGGAUGUUUACAAGAUAAAUAUCAAGAAGGCACCAAGCAAAAAGGAGAUCGAACUUAGACUGCUAGAGCAGGGUAAUGCCCAUAAUGCAGCACCAUCUCGGAGAUCUGUGGCGACAUGGAUAUCUAUGGGGUUAACAAUCGAGGAGGCUUAA